AUGUCCUUUCUCCACAGCUACAGCAUGCACGCUCUGGCCCUGGCCCCAUCGCUUCUUCUCCCCGCGGCUCUCGCCCGCGACAUCGUCUUCCCUCCCAUCGCCGGCGUCCCAAGCCCCCCGCGCCAGAUCGUCCUCGAUCCCCAGAACCAUGUCGACAUCGUCACGGACAGCCAGUUCUCCGGCCUGACGACGUUCGCGCGCCUCCCCUACGUGAAUUGCUUCGCGGAUGAGGCGGACUCGGAGCGGUAUGACAUUGCGUUCCUGGGUGCGCCCUUUGACACGGCCGUGACGGGUCGACCAGGAGCUAGGUUCGGUCCUGGCGGCAUCCGUCUGGGGUCGCGGCGGCUGGGCGGGUGGAGCAUCUAUACCGGCGAGAAUGUGCUGGAAGGCUGGGCGAAGAUCGUCGACUGUGGGGAUGCGCCGCUGACGUGGCUGGAUAAUACCGUUGCGCUGAAGCAGUUGGAUUUGGCGCAUAAGGUCAUCUCGUCGCGUCAGACAAAUAGUACGACCAACGGCUCUGUCCCUCGCAUUAUCACUCUAGGAGGAGACCAUACGACCACGCUGCCUGCUCUGAGAUCGACGUAUGAGAGAUGGGGACCUGUGUCGGUGAUCCAUUUCGAUAGUCAUAUCGAUACAUGGGAUCCCGAUGCCCUAGGCGGCGGUAUCUCCCACUACGCCGGCGUAAACCACGGGACCUUCCUGCACCUCGCUCACGAAGAGGGCCUCAUCCGCAACACAUCCAUCCACGUCGGCAUCCGCGCCCCCGUCACCAGAGGCAAAGCCGACCUCCGCAACGACCUCCGCUGCGGCUUCGAGAUCGUCACCGCCCGCGACCUCGACCGUCUCGGCAUCCACGGCCUCGUCGAGCAGAUCAAGCGCCGCGUCCACGGAAGCAAGGUGUAUAUCUCGGUGGAUAUCGACGUGCUGGAUCCUGCGUUUGCGCCGGCAACCGGAACCGCCGAGCCGGGCGGCUUCACCACGCGUGAACUCCUCUCCAUCCUCGACGCGCUGCGCGGCCUGCCCGUCAUCGGCGCGGAUGUGGUCGAGGUCGCCCCGAUCUAUGAUACGCGCGGGGAGACGACGACGCUGGCGGCGGCGGAGGUGGCGCAUUCGUUGCUGGCGCUGAUGGUUGCGACGCCUGUAGUCUGCGGAUGA